UAUGAAAGUUGAAUGUUUAGAAGAAAAUGCAGUAGUCAUUUCUGGAGUAUCAGGAAAAUUUCCAAAAAGUGAGAAUAUCAAUGAUUUAAGGACGAAUCUAAUAAAUGGAGAAGAUUGCGUUUCCUCAGAUCAUACAAGAUGGAAAUUAGAUGAUUCGCCUAAAAUACCAUUGCGUUUAGGAACAAUUUCUAAUUUAACGAAAUUCGAUAACUAUUUUUUUGGAAUUAAUUCAAUUCAGGCAGAAAAUCUAUCGCCAGAGUUAAGAAUGGCAUUGGAAGUGACGUUAGAAGCGAUCAUUGAUGCCGGAAUAAAUCCUGUAGAGUUACGGAACAAGAGAACCAAUGUUUACGGGGUAUUGAGUUUAUAUGAGUCAGAUUGUUAUUUACUGAAUGGUGAAACUCAUCUGGAUGGAUAUAGUCUAUUAGGAAAUUGCCGUGGUUUGCUAUCAAACCGGAUCUCGUUUUGUAUGGGUUUAAUUGGCUCAAGCUGCACUAUCGACUCAUUCAGCACAUCAAGUUCAUUAGCAGUUCAAAAAGUGUACGAAGCUAUAAAAGCUGGAGAUUGCGACUACGCGAUUUUAGAUUCGAGCAGAGGAGAUGAUGAACUAGCUCAAUUAAUCAAUGAUAUUACUGAGAAACCUCUACCUCAUUCUUUGUAUUCUGGGUAUGCAGUCAUUCCAGAGUUUGARGCAGCUGAAUCAGAACAAUCGAUAGAGUUCAUUCAAGAUAAUUUGUCAGCUAAAUCUCGACAGAUCUGGUUCGUUUUUUCGGGGAUGGGAUCACAAUGGACUGGAAUGGGUGAAUCACUGAUGAAGAUACCAAURUUUGCAGAAUCAAUAAAAAAAUGUGAUGUAGUUUUAAGACCUCGUGGUUACGAUAUUGUKCAUAUUAUAUGCGAUAAAGAUUCAACUAUAUACGAUAAUAUCAUAAAUUGAUUUUUAGGAAUAGCGGCAAUACAAAUCGGUCUGGUAGAUAUCCUAUAUGCAGUUGGCAUUAAACCGAAUUACAUGAUCGGGCAUUCAGUGGGUGAGCUGGGUUGUUCUUAUGCAGACGGUUGCUUUACUGCUGAGGAAAUAAUUUUAAGUGCUCUCUCACGAGGUUUAGUUUCGGUAAAAAGUGACUUGAUACACGGAACGAUGGCUGCAGUUGGUCUUGGCUACAAACAGAUUAAAGAUCUUAUACCCGAAGACAUUGACRUUGCAUGUCAYAAYGGAYCAGAAAGCUCUACGAUAAGUGGACCUACCGAAUCUAUAAAUUCUUUUGUGAAAGAAUUACAAAAAAAAGGAAUAUUUGCUAAAGUCGUUCCAACUAGUAAUAUUGCUUUUCAUAGUCGUUACAUUGCCCCAGCUGGUCCAAAGUUGUUGGAAUACUUAGAAAAAGUCAUCUCUCAACCAAAAAAUCGCAGUAAACGUUGGAUUUGCACGUCUAUUCYGAAAAACAAGUGGCAUUCAAUAAAAGCUAGCUUCUCUUCACCGGAAUAUCAUACACCAGGGACGCUCUAUCCGAGAAUUCCUUAUCCUGUUUCUAGAGAAACCCCAUCUAUUUCUUCUCUUGUCCGAUGGGAACACAGUUCUGAUUGGUGUUCAGGCAAAUUUGAAGUAAAAACAAGAGAUGAAGUCAUGAUAGCUUCUGGAAUUAUUCGAUUAAAAGAAAAAAAYGUAGGAAAAACUGUUGUCGUUUAUAAACAAGAAAACUGUUURRAUCGGUUAAGAAUCUGUUUACGAGACUUAAAAUAUGACAAUGUUAUAUUUGUGGUUAAUACUAUUAUCGAUAAUGAUAUAUUUAAGAUACUUCAAAAUAUAAAACAAGAACCGGGGUAUAAAAAACUCCAAAUAUUUGAUCUACAAGAUGAAGAGGCUCCGAAAUUUUCUCUUCAAAAUGAAUUCUACAAACCACAGAUAAAACUUAAUCUUCGUGAAAAUGUGUUAUCGCCAAAUGGGGUAUGGGGUACAUACAGAUGGAUGCCAUUGCAAGCAAAGUCUACUUCUCCUUCGCGUUAUAAAGCAAAAAUUAAUAAAUCAGGCUCAUUA